UCCCUCCUCCCUGCACUGUCCCGGUUAGGGUGUCUCGCGCAUGCCGUGCCUCCGGUGCACUCGAGCUGGAACCGCGAUGGCGAGCGUCCGAGCUGCAGGAGCUCUGUGCAGACUGACAACACGCAAAUACUCUCCCUUCUCAGGAAAUGGACACCGUAACCUCUCUGUGUCAGCAGCCUUACUUGCUCGCACUCAUGUUAAUUAUGAGAUUAAAGAUGACGUGGCAGUGGUGAGGAUCAACGAUCCGACCUCCAAGGUGAACACUCUGUCGAAGCAGCUGCAGGCCGAGCUGACGGAGGUGAUGCGGGAGGUUUGGGGAAACACAGCGGUUAAGAGCGCGGUGCUCAUCUCCACCAAACCGGGCUGCUUCAUCGCCGGGGCUGAUAUCAACAUGAUCAAGGCCUGUAUGAGUACAGAGGAAGUGACAUCACUGUCACAGGAAGGACAGAAGAUGUUUGAGCAGAUUGAGAAGUCGCCCAUCCCUGUCGUGGCGGCCAUUAACGGCUCCUGCCUGGGCGGCGGCCUGGAGUUUGCGAUCGCGUGUCAGUACCGAGUGGCCACUAAGAGUAAGAAGACGGUUCUGGGUACUCCGGAGGUGAUGCUGGGACUCCUGCCCGGAGCCGGAGGAACUCAGAGACUACCCAAGAUGGUGGGACUUCCUGCUGCGUUUGAUAUGAUGUUGACGGGGAGGAACAUCCGAGCAGACAAGGCCAAGAAGAUGGGUCUCGUCCACCAAGUCAUCGACCCACUGGGUCCAGGACUGAAGAGCCCAGAGGAAGGGACUAUAGACUAUCUGGAGGAAGUGGCUGUGGGCGUCGCUAAAGGCCUUGCUAAUAAGAAGGUCACAGUGGAGAAGAAGAAAGGCUUAAUGCAGAAGCUGCAGGAUUCGGUGAUGGGAAUGGCUUUUGUGAGGAAACAGAUCUACAACACGGUCACCAAGAAAGUCAUGAAACAAACCAAAGGCCUUUAUCCAGCACCACUCAAGAUCAUAGAGUGUGUGCAGACGGGUAUAGAGAAAGGUUCAGAUGCAGGAUACCAGAAAGAGUCAGAGAACUUUGGCAAGCUGGCGAUGACGUCGGAAUCGAGCGCUCUGAUUGGUCUGUACCAGGGUCAGGUGGCCUGUAAGAAGAAUAAUUUCGGUAAACCAGAGAGAGAAGUGAAGACCUUGGCGAUCCUGGGGGCGGGGCUUAUGGGGGCGGGUAUCGCCCAGGUAACUGUGGAUAAAGGCGUGGCCACCCUCCUGAAGGACACGACGCUGGAGGGACUGGCCAGAGGACAACAGCAGGUCUACAAGGGACUGAACGAUAAAGUGAAGAAGAAGAGCAUAACGUCGUUUGAGAGAGAUGCGACUCUGUCGGUCCUGACUCCGCAGCUGGACUACAGCGGCUUUAACAAGGCUGACAUGGUGAUCGAGGCCGUGUUCGAGGAUCUGGCCAUCAAACACAGAGUGCUGAAGGAGGUGGAAGCAGUGACCCCGCCGCACUGCAUCUUUGCCUCCAACACAUCAGCGUUGCCCAUCAGAGACAUCGCCGCCGUCAGCACCAGACCUGAGAAGGUGAUUGGGAUGCACUAUUUCUCUCCAGUUGAUAAGAUGCAGUUGUUGGAGAUCAUCACCACUGAUAAAACUUCUAAAGAUACGACAGCGUCGGCUGUAGCUCUCGGCCUCAAGCAGGGCAAAGUCAUCAUCGUGGUGGGGGAUGGGCCGGGAUUCUACACAACUCGCUGCCUGGCUCCGACCCUCGCAGAGGCGAUCAGAGUGCUGCAGGAAGGGGUGGGGCCUAAGAAGCUCGAUACCUUGACGACAGGUUUUGGAUUUCCCGUCGGCGUGGCAACUCUGUUGGACGAGGUCGGCGUCGACGUGGCAGCUCACGUGGCAGAGGAUCUUGGGAAGGCGUUCGGUUCGCGGUUCGGGGGCGGGAACGUGGAGGUGCUGAAGAGCAUGGUGCAGAAUGGCUUCAAGGGGCGUAAGGCGGGUAAGGGCUGUUAUGUGUACGGAGCCAAAUCGAAGGAUAAGCAGCUGAACUCUGGAACUGAAGAGAUUCUGCAGAAGUUUAAACUGGUGGCGCCCCCUGCUGUGUCUGGAGAUGAGGACGUACAGUAUCGGCUCGUGUCCCGAUUCGUGAACGAGGCUGUCCUGUGUCUCCAGGAGGGAAUUCUGCCCGAUCCGGUACAGGGAGACAUCGGAGCUGUGUUCGGACUGGGCUUCCCUCCCUGUCUAGGAGGUCCCUUCCGUUUUGCGGACUCUUUCGGAGCUGAUAAACUUGUUCAGAAGAUGAGACGUUACGAAGAGGCGUACGGAAACCAGUUCACCCCCUGCCAGCUCCUGCUCGAUCACGCCAAGGAUCCCAGCAAGAAGUUCCACAAGUGAACCUCAGAGCUCGAAAGGUUAUAACCCGUGUAACCGCCUUGCAGCCUUUCAACCUCGAGCUUCGUCCUGAGGAGGAGCUUUAUCCCUGUGCCUAAGUCACGUCCAUAUGUACUGUAACAUAUAAUCUGGAGUGCAUAACUACUUCGCAUGAAUUGCCUUAACGAACCAGACGUUUUUUUCGGUCAUAUGAACUGCUGCAUAAUGAUCAUUUUAAGUGCCGUUUUUCACAACUUUCAGUUCCGUUUCAGUUCUGCUGAGACUAGUGUACAUAGGAAUUGAUUCCUGCCUCCACUUGCACAUAGCGAUGUUUUGUUUUUUUUUUUCAUACAUGAGAAUUAUUGAACUGUCAAUUCACUACAUAAUUCAUAAAAUCAUUUUUAAUGUUUGUGUGGUCUAAAAAUUAUGCAAAACACAAAUUUGUAGCAUAUCUGUACCUGCAAAGAAGCAAAAAUGCACCUUACACUCUGGAAUUGGGGCUGGUAGUGUAUUUAACGUUGCUCACUUCUUGCUAAACCUUUUUUUCUUAGGAAAUCCUUGUUUUUUUUGGGUUUUUUUGGAUUAAAAAUCAUUGUUUUCUCUGAGUUAGCAUUUGUAUGCAGGAGCCUAGAUGGGGAAAAUCAGGCCUUUCUCAAGUGUUUGCUGUUAAUUUAUCUCUCAUUUGUUUUGACAGCAAAAGUGGGCGUGUCCUAAUUGGAAGUGGGAGUGGUUUGCUAAGAGCCACAGUUAAUUCACCAGAAAAAGGGAGGCGUGAAUGUACAAGCGAAGUCAUGUUUUAUAGCUAGCAGCUAACCUGGAACUAAGUUAACUAGCUAGUUUAACUAGCUAGCUAGUUGCUUUAAAUCAUGAGUUGGCAAAACAGCAACGCUACUCCAGAAAUUAGUCACGAGAUGCAGUGUUUAUUGGUAAAUAGGUAAGACAUGGAGUCAGUAUUUUUUCUCUUGAAAAUAUUAACUAGACUCCCAUUAGCUAGAAUUCUUUAAUUUUCUAGCUAACAGAAGACGAGCUAGCAGGAAGGACUAAAUUAGAAAGAAAGUGUGUUCACCAGGUCUAAUUUCACUAAAACCCACUUCAAAAUAACAGCUACAUGAUUGUGAGUGGAUUAACACAGUAUAAAAUUUGCAGCACAACUGUCCAACGUCAUCCAACGUCAACAUCAUAUUAUCCAGUAGCCAGGCAGGAAGUGACAAAUUCUGCACAGGAAAUUAAUCAUAUUGGGAAAGGGUUUAGGUUUUUUUUAUUAUUAUUAACCAAUUAAACACUUUUUUAAAAUAAUGUUUUCACUCAGGAACGAUUUCGAGUGAUUUUUUUUGUUUGCACUUCUGAUUAAAUAAUUACAACUAAAUAAUUCAGUCUGUUUUCAGGUUUUGUUGUCAGUUUUCUAUAUUGUUUGUACUCAUGAUUUUGUGAAUUAUUCUAAUUCAGUGAGCUAAUAUUUGGAUCCGUCAGUAUUUUCCCAGGCCGUGUUUAUUUUCCAGACAAAUUUUCCUGCAAAUAAACCCAAAGUGGAUUUUA